CAAAACAAACGAGAAUAAUGGUUGCUAUAAAACGCAAUCAACCUCAACCCCCACCUAAAAUACAACCACAGCGACAACAUCAACGAAAAAGAAAGCGAGCAUUAGAGAAAUGUAAAGAUUUUACAACUAUCUUGAAAUGGGCUGAAGAUUUUGGAGCUGGUCCAAAUGGACGAGGCCAAAAUAAAACGUCACUUCCAGUGGUGGGCGUCAUGAGUGAUAACGAAUCCCAGCCAACUCGAAGUAAGUUGGCUGGUAAUUUUGCGUGAGAUUUUUCACUAGACUGCAUGGAAAAUGGCCAAAAUAGACUUCUUAGAGAAACGAAUUGCAAGGGAGCCAUAUCACUGUUGACUGUUUAGUUGACAUACAGAAGAAAGAAGACAACAAAGUAAAAAGAUAGGCUAAAGAACUACGAAAUUAAUGAGAGUGCAUUUUAUUUGUUUUUGAAUGAGCAGACGACACAAGGUCGUCUGCUGUCAGUCAAAUUCAACGAAAGGUUUCGAUAUUUCUCCAAGAGCAUUCAAUACGGUUAUGAAUUUCCAAAAGACUAGUGAAACGGACGUAAAAAUCUUCUGCAUAUUUUGAAAAGUCUUUGAAACGUCUAGAGAAACUUUUCCUAUAUGUAAAUCAAAACAAAAAGCAUUGUUUCGAAUUUUUGUUAAUUUGGACAUAAUUUAGAAUUUUAUCAAUUUUUCGCAACAUAAAAAGAUUCUUCCGUAAAAAAAGACUAAAAACAAAUAGCAAAACAAAAAACAAAAACAAAAAGAACGAAAACAAAAUCAAAAUAAAACUAAAAAAAAAACAGGAAACAACUCAAAAACAAAAGUAUUAAUCAUGUCCAGAGCUGAAUCUGAAAAUACCUCUUUGGCACCGGACAUGUCUUCAGUGGGUUCUAAAAAUACAUAUAAAGGUAAGGCAUUUCAUACCUAUUCUGAAACUGAGUCUGUUUCGAGAUGUUCAUUUAAAGAUGUAACGAAUUCUGAGAGAGGUAACACUUCCAAGGUAGAUUCGAUGAAAAGUGUGUUUUCCCUCUCUGAUGAGUUAAGAGCCAACAGGCAGGAGUUAAUUUUCCACGAUUUUAACCGGCAACUUCGUAAAGUAAAAGAUUCUUUAGAAAGACUGGCUACUAGAUUGUCAGAGAAGGAGAAUUUUAGCAGCCCUUCGUCUGCUUCUGAAUCCUCUGAUAGUGACUCGGAUAUCGAAUGUUCAAACAACAAAACACAGAAAAACGGUCCAAAUUCGAAGAGAAAGUCUGUAGAUUGUUCGAAUAUUCUUAAUUUGUCUUCGAGUGACAGUGAAGAAGAUAGAAAUGUCAAAUAUCGCAAACAAAAACGCACUAGGAAAUCAAUUACAGUGACAACUCCUUCAGGAAGCGAAUGCUCCAUCUUGCAUUCGGAUCAUUCAAUACUCACUAGUUCUGGCAAAAAGACUAAAGCCAAAACUAAAAAGAGGAAAACUACUGUUGUAAAAGCGAGCUCCAGCACUGACUUCUCAGUAUCGGACCUUAAUUUCAUCACACGAUCAGAAGAUGUAAUUCAGGACAAGAAAAAAAAGUAUCGAUCAUCUCGUAAUAAGAACAACCAAUAUAUGAGCUCAGAAUCAGAACAUAUUUCCGAAGCAAAAAUUCGCAGCAGACAGAAGAAGAGUUCGGCAAAGAAAUCGUCAUCAGGAACCGGCAGCGAUGUUUCUAUAAAAUCAGUUUCAAUACCCAUGAAAGAUCUAACGAAGAGACUUCUUGACAAAUUUAUUGACCUUCGCAACAAGAAUUGCCCUCCUCGGAAUUCGAAAGAUGCAUCAGAUAGUUCUUUUUCUUCAGAUUCUCUCCAUGAAACUAUUUUCAUCAGGAAAUCCUGCGAAUACAAGUAAAACUCACACAUCUCGCAACGAAACAAGGAAAGUUUUACGAAAAAUGAUACACGAAAUAUUAUUCAAUAAAAGUGAGUUUAGUUGACAUUUGCAUUAAAUUUUCGAAGGGAAAAAAAAAUAAUAAGCAGAUAGGUAAAACAUUUACCAAGCAACGGUUGACGUCAUAGCUGUCCUAAUAUCCAUUUAGAAGCAAACAGCUGAGCCAAUGUCUAAUGGUUGUCGCCAUCUUAUUUUUAGCAUCAGCUGAAGGUAAUAAACUUAAUACUUGAUUAAAGAAUAAAAUGAAAUAAAGGUUGGAAAUAUUAAAUGA